ACAUUUGGUGCUGUCUGAUGUCUGAUUAGGAUAUAAAGGGCCUGUCUCCAGGAGGCCAGUUAUACAUUUUCUCUGCUUCUGUGCUGGGGCUGUCUUCCUGUUGCAACUUGUAAUAAACCGGACACACAUACACAGGUAAAAUCAUUUUCUGCUCGAACAAAAAAUACAGCAGUAGCUACUAGUUAGCUCACUGCCAUAGUUAACUUGCCAACCAGAUGAAAGGUCUAUUACUUUUCCUGGCUCACUCCAUUGUUCGAUUGGAUGGGUCUGAGUACAACAUUCAGACAUGGCGGAAGGAACGGUGGACCAGGUUACUGAUGGAGAGCAAGAAGAAGCAUAUUUUUACCGAGAAAGGAUUAAAUGUACACCAGAAGAGGAGACAAGGCUCGAAAGGCAACACUUUUGGAAAGUGAUCGAUGCGUUUAGAUACUACAGGAUGCAUGUUCAAGAGCGGGUGAAUCGAGCAGAACGUCAGUUCCAGAGUCUUCCGAAGCAUCACCAGCUGCUGCUGCCCGGGGUCUUGCCCAACCUGGCCCGUAUCCGCCGCAGUGUGGACCACAACCAGGAGGUGCUGCAGGCCAUCGUGCUCAACUGUGUCCACAUGUUUGAGAACAUGGAGUAUGGCGAAGAGGAUGACCUGAGGAAGGUGGGCACGUCUUCCACGUUCGACAUGGACAAGCUCAAGUCCACCAUUAAGCAGUUUGUGCGUGACUGGAGCGAGGCCGGCCAGGCUGAGAGAGACUCCUGCUACCUGCCCCUCAUCCAAGAGAUCCAGAGACUCUUUCCCAGCAACAAGUGUGAUGUGUCCAAGGUGAGCGUGCUGGUUCCGGGGGCAGGGCUUGGUCGCCUGGCAUGGGAAAUCGCUCGUCUGGGUUAUGCCUGCCAAGGCAACGAAUGGAGCUUCUUCAUGCUCUUCUCCUCAAACUUCGUCCUCAACAGGUGUGAAAAGGUCAACUCCAUGACCCUGUACCCCUGGAUCCACCAGUUCAGCAACAACAAGAGGUCAUCUGACCAGACGCGGCCAAUCAGCUUCCCAGAUGUCAACCCCCAGAGCCUGCCUCCAAACUCGGACUUCUCCAUGGUGGCUGGGGACUUCCAGGAGGUCUACACAGAGCCUAACACCUGGGACUGCGUGGCUACCUGCUUCUUCAUCGACACGGCGCACAAUGUCAUCGACUACGUGGAGACCAUCUGGAACAUUCUGAAGCCUGGAGGCGUGUGGAUCAAUCUUGGCCCACUGCUGUACCACUUUGAGAACAUGGCCAACGAGCUCUCCAUCGAGCUCAGCUAUGAGGACGUCAGGGCAGCAAUUUUAAAAUAUGGAUUCCAUUUGGAGGUGGAGAGAGAGUCUGUCCCCACCACCUACACGGAGAACGAUCAGUCCAUGCUGAAGUACCUGUACGACUGUGUUUUCUUUGUGGCAAGGAAACCUGACCAUCUGUAUGCCAACGGUUACCAGGUGGUCCAUAAGAACAGACCGGAAGCUUCGCAACGGCGAGAGAGCUGCGACAGUCUGACGUGACAUCGUCUGUCAUGACAUCGCAGAGCAACAACCGGAAAAAACGCAAUUGGCCACCACCAAGAGCAUAAAAAAAAUUGUAAGAUGACAGAAACACAAGUCAAUGGACAGGUUUGCUUUCAUGUUUCUUCUUCUUUAUAUUGUCUCAUCGCCAGAGCUGCCAAAUCACCUUCCUUCCUACCCUGAGCCUUUGAGAUUGAGACAGAUGCCUAUUAUGAACUCAAGUGACUAAAUCUUUCAGCACAGGACUGUUUGUCUUCAGUUAAAGAGGCAAAGUGUUGCCUCUAUCUCCAUGGUGACCUGAUGUAGUUGCAUGCGUGUCAGAGACCCGCCUCUACGUCUUCCCAUUGUAUUUAUUUUGUAAAAUACAGUUACCAACUCUGGCUAUUUAUAGUAUUAUUUUUUUAAUCACUUAAAAUCAUUUGCUGAAGUGGCUGGAGUUGGUUAUUUUAACCUAUAUUGUAUGAUUGGACACAGAUUGAGUUUCAGCAUGACACCCUGGAUCUAGUUACUGUCUCACUUAAUAAAGAGAAACAAUUCUUUAAAAAAAAGAAAACAUUUCA